AUGUCCGAACGAUCGUGUCCAGUCUCCGGCUCCGUUGGAGGAAAGUGCCCAGCCGGUCAUACUGGUUCAACGAGGAGUAACAGCCAGAUGGGCCCUCGAGGCUGCGCAUUUUCGGGCUACGGCCAACCAGGAGAUAUUCAUGCAGCAUUUGACAUUCCACGAGGUGUUGAUGCCGAAGAAUGGCUCCGAAUGAGAGAACGCAAAUCAAUAAAUCAGUUGCUAUACAACGAAAUUCCGACGGUCCAGGAAAUUGACGCAGCAAAGACUCAAGCAGAAAUCGAUGCCUUCAAUGCCCAUGAAGCAGAUUUACUAGCCGUGGCGUUAGGAGCGCCAGCCAGACAAGUUAUGCUAAGAGCGGAGGAAAUCGGCCCUAAGACUGGCUGGCUUGAUGGUUAUCUCAGUUCAGAACACGGCUUUUGCCCUCCGGAUUAUGAAGAAGCUCAUGGCGCCUUAUUAAAAACUCUCGGCCGGAUAUGGUCUGAUCUUUGCGAACGAAUGCCAGGUUGCUGCGCGAGAGGACGUGUACUUGAGUCUGUUGCAGCGCUGCCUCUCGUGGAAGGCACAAAAGAUGUGAUCCCGGAUCAAGCGUUAUGGGCGGCGUUAGUAGCGCUGGGGAUGCUGUGUUCCAUUUACCGCUUCAAUUCCAAAUAUGACGGUAGUGAUGGAAUCACAUCUGCGAAGAUUAAGAUCAAGAAACCUAACGUACCUAUGGGCGAUGACCUCGGAGAGGAAUUAGUCGGCAUUCCCCGAUGUAUAGCGUUACCGUAUUACCAGAUCUCACGACGCAUGGGCCGCACACUUCCGCAUCUCACAUUCCCCGACCAGUCUUCUUACAACAUCAAAAUCAGAGAUCCCACCUCAACCUAUCCCUAUGUUGCGCGUUUCGACAACAUAGAUCUUCGAUGGCCUAUGUUCGGCGAGAAAGCCGAAAUAGCUUUCCUUAAGGGCUGCGCCGACACCUCAGCAUCCUUUCAGCAUGGGCCCGACGCAAUUGCUGCGUGUCAAGAACACGUUAUGAACAAGAAUGCCGAAGGACUUCUUCGCGAGAUGAUCCGACUAAAAGAAAUCCUGGAGCGCAUGCCUAACGCAUUUCAUUCGAUCAAUGUGAACCCCAAUUCAGGCGACAACUAUGUGCCGGUUCACCAGUGGGUUCGUUGGGCCAAAUUUUCUGCUCCAUUGUCAAGAAGAUGUCCAGCUUCUUCGGGGCUCCAAUUUCCCCCCUACUUGGUGAUGGACGCAUUUCUAGGCCGAAAAAAAUACACAUCCUUUCUCGGAGCGGAAGGUGUGCAUUUGAGGGCAUGGUUACCUUCCAACCUUCGAGCGUUCAUCGCAGCAAUCGAGUACCAUUACCGCAUUCCCGAAUUCGUCAAACAAUCAGGUGACCCACGACUCAUGGGUGUCUUGGACGGCAUCAUCGAAGCAUAUACGGGUGAACGAGGCUUCAUGGGCACGCAUCGGUAUAAGGUUUUCGGUAUCCUCGAGAUCGCCGCGAAGGCAGGCCGCACGGAAACCAACGGUCUUUCUGGUGCUGCUGAUGCGGGCCGUCCGUGGGAAGAAACUCAUAAGCAAUUCUCGGAUGCUAUGAAGGAGCGUCUCGAGCCAUAUCGUGGCAACCUUCCCGUUGAGCCAAACCAAAUGAGAGGCACUUUCGAAGAAUGCCGUUAUGUCACAAGGGUACUUAAUCGAUCAAAUGUCGACGCCGACCCAACCCGAUCGAUCGCUCUCGUUACUUUGGAUAUCCAGGAUACGGGAAUCACAUUUAUGCCUGGCGAUCGUCUCGCCAUCAUGCCUCUGAACAGCUGGGAAGAAUGCGCUAAGGUUGCUGCUGCAUUGGGUCUCGAAACCCAUCUGGACCAUCCGAUUGAAGUCACUGGUACUUGGUCUCGCUUCGAGCAACACCUAACAUCGGUGAGAAGGGCGAUAGUUGCAAAGAAGUUGACAGUAACCGACAUUCUACGUCGAGGUCACUUGGCACCUAUCACCAAAGAGCUUGCUCUGAAAGUACAUGGCUUACUUGCUGCUUCGUCAAAUACUGUCCUGCAAGUCCUGGCCACCGACGAAUGGCCAGUUCGAGGCUCGCUAGGCGAUUUAUUGCAGGACGCACUUAUGGAUACACCAGCCCAUAUCUGGGAUAAGGCAUUCACCCUAGGCAAUCUCUCUUGGCUGGUGGAUCUCGUCUCCAUUGAAGUGCCUCGCACCUACUCAAUCGCCAGUUAUACUGAUGAGCUUCUCCCUAGUACCGUUGACUUGGCAAUCUCUCGUGCUGAGUACAAACUCUGCUCAACAUUCUCUAAGCAUGAGGAUACAACUCGCGCUGGUGUUGCGAGUGGGUUCUUCAAUCCCCAUCCACCAUCAGACGACAUGGUGUCUGAUGACGAGAUCCUCGUUGGUGUUUCUCGACCUUUAGCUUUCCAACUUCCCUUAGACGGGAUGGCUCCCUGUGCAUUUUUCGCUGGUGGUAGUGGUAUUGCACCAUUCCGUAGCUUCUGGCAGUAUCGGUUGACCACCAGCGGCUUGUCCGGGGGUAAAAAUCAUUUGUAUCUCGGAGUCCAGUCGCGCGAGAAGUUCUGCUUCGAAGACGAAUUGAGGGAGUACAUCAACGCGGAUUUCAUGGAGGUUCAUGUGGCUUUCUCUAGGGAUUCUCGUGGUCUAGCAUACGACCCGCAAUCGCGUGACCUAGUUGAAAAGCAUAUCCCUCCACGCUACAUUGAUACCCUCAUCGUUGAGCAGGGCGCCACUGUCUCCGAGCUUGUUAUGUCAAAGAAACAGGGUGGCCUUGGUGGCUACCUCUAUGUGUGUGGCUCUGUAGCUGUCUUCGACUCCGUGAUGAAUGGGAUUCGCAAGGCAAUUUACACUCAUUGCACGGCGACCAUGGAAAACGUCGAUCUCAUCGUCAACAAAGCUUUUGCCGAGCGGAGGUUUAUGCUUGACGUUUUCAUGACCCCCAAGCCCCUCCCUUGUAACCUCCCAACCAUUCCAUUAUCACGACUUGCUCAACACACGGGUCAUAGACCCGGUUCACGAAUGUGGAUUGGAGUCCACGGAAAUGUGUACGACGUUACAGACUUUUGUCCCAUGCAUCCCGGAGGCACCCAGAUUAUCAAGUCGAAUGCCGGUGUGGACUGCACGAAGUCAUUUGAUAAUCUAGCACAUACCAACAACCCCGAGGUUGCCAGUCUUCUCACAAAGUAUUUCGUUGGGCAUCUUACGCCAAAGCCCGACUACCAAGGAGGUGAAGAGGAGAUUUCUACCCUUUACGACCUCUGGGCUUCAUACCUGCGCACCACAGUCGAGACACUAGUAGCACACCAAGUCGAAAUGCACGAAAUCCAAGGAGCAUCACUGAAGACAUCUUCAGCCCAUGAUCGUAUCGGAACCAUGAAUAUAUGGCUUCAUGAGGACCUCCCCAGUACCAUCGCCAUCCGCACCUUUUACGGUUACCAGAGCAGGUUACUUCAAAAGGGUUUCCCUGCUAUUUUCGGUGCGAAGCUACAGGAGCUUGUGCUCAAGCUAUCCUUCUCUAUAGCCAAUUCGGGUGGUGCGAACAUUCAGCUUCCUGAUGUGCUGGGUGCGGUAGCUCGCGCAAAUACAAGUUCUGAUGCUGUCAGCUGUACCAACGAGAUAGCUCUUGUUGGUCAGUUCAUUACUGGUGGCGAGGGUGAUCUUCGGUUUCAAGAACGUGGUGUCUUCGCCUAUGCUGCUAAGAGUGUGGAAUUAGAUAUCGAGUUGCUCGAGGAUCUUCGUCAAGAGAUUGGUACUGGUAUGGAUGCAUUCGACAGUAUCGCUACCAGUUUCGGCUCGCCCGACAGGAUACAGGACCCGGAUGCCGAUGCCAACCGUCUCACGGUGCUCUCCACAUUCCUUCUUCAAAUUCUUGAGCGCAUCUCCCGUCGGUUAGGAAUCUUUUACGCCCAGCUUGCUCAAUGCUCGGUGUAUAGGCCCGAACUUGAGCGCAACCCCGCCAGAACAAGGUGGGCCCUUGUACGACGAUGUAUCCGUGAUGGAAGCUUGUUUGUGAUGGCGCAUAAAACCGCCGCGGACGUUCUCACGGCGGGUCAGCAAUCGUCUUACUACAUGUCCCGUGCCAACCCCAACCAGAAUGUCGAUUUUGACAAUGUUAUAUCGCAAGUUCGGGCGACUCUUGGCUCGGCACAAACUGAUCUGCAAAUCAAUGUACCACAGCAGCCAAUCACUCUAAAUGCUGUGCACCAAGCGAGAGGAAGAAGUAUGGGAGAUGCCAGCGCCGUUGCUACAGGGGAGAAUGCAAUGGCGCUGAAGGCUAUGAACAGCUUUGUGGAGAAGAAUAAUAAAGCAAUCAGGAGACUCAGCAAGAUGCCUCCCAUGCCGAUGAAUUUCGAGGACUUGCAGAGAUCAGUGAUGCAUAACGGCUUACACACGCCACCAGCAGAAGCACACGAAGCAAUGAUGGCCAUGGGUCUCGGCAUGAAAGGACAAGAAAUGGCCGGGCUUUCCGCCAGACUCCCAACACCCCCAUCUAGUCGCGGAUCAAGCCGUUCCCCAUCGCAGGUCCGUCAGCCAUCAAGCGGCAUGUCAUCAUCAGCAGAGAUGCUUUUAAGCAAGCUCAACCAAUCCCGUUCGCGACAGAACUCGCUCCACAGCCGCCACAAUUCGUCAGCAGGUCAUCACUACCAACCGCAGUACCAACAUCCCCCACCAUCAGCGUCAGCACAGUACGCCCCACAUUAUCCCGUCAUUGGCGGUCUUCCUACACCACCUAUGAGCGUAGCAGGUCAGCCCAAGGACAAUAUGCAUAUUGCACUAAGCUCUAUGAUGGCGCAAUUAAAUACGCGCCGACCGCGUAGCGAUAUGUCGGCUCCUGGUUCUGUAAACCGGGUAAGGUCUGCAUCCAGAUCAAGCGCGGGGAGCGUAGCAGGGCACGGACACGGACAUAUGUCUGUCCAAUCGACAAAUUCGUUACGUGCCUUCAAACUCCGGGGAAUGCUAGAAGGCGAGAGAUUUGCACCGCCAUCCUAAAGAUUGAGGAGCGGUAAUGGGGACUAGAGUUUAUCGGCGGACGAGGGAUUAGGACUAAAUAUCUGACUAGCCUCAGGGCUCAUUUAUUUGCUUUCAUUUUGAAACAAAAAGGGGUUUACUUUAUAUGUAUAUGUAUGUAUAUGCUGGUCAUUGCGAAGUCCAUUCUUUUUUUAAAUAUAUUUGGUAGAGUAGAAUUUUAUUCCCCGGGGUGAUAGAAAAAAUGAGAAUAUCCGGCGUGCCAUUGCAGCGUCGCUAAGAAUAGAAUU